CCAAACCGCCGCAGAGUAUAAGACUCUAGCUGCUUGUAUUUUCAGGCACAAUUUCUUUGGCUCUCAGACUGUUUUUCUACUUUCACAAUGUCUGGUCGAGGAAAACAGGGCGGAAAGGCACGCGCUAAGGCCAAGACUCGCUCUUCGCGAGCCGGUCUUCAGUUCCCCGUGGGUCGAGUGCACCGACUUCUCCGAAAAGGCAAUUAUGCUGAGCGGGUUGGUGCCGGCGCGCCGGUAUACCUGGCAGCAGUGCUGGAGUACUUGACUGCUGAGAUCCUGGAGCUGGCUGGCAACGCGGCCCGCGACAACAAGAAGACCCGUAUCAUCCCACGUCACCUUCAGCUGGCCAUCCGCAACGACGAGGAGCUCAACAAGCUGCUGGGCAAAGUCACCAUCGCUCAGGGUGGUGUCCUGCCCAACAUCCAGGCCGUGCUGCUGCCCAAGAAGACUGAGAGCCACCACAAGGCCAAGGGCAAGUGAAACAGUAGUUCUUUAGUCCCCAUUCUGGAAAUCAAAGGCUCUUUUCAGAGCCACCCACUUUUUCUGAAAAGCGCUGCAAUACUUAUGGUGUGGUUUCGCUUAAGUUUUCUUUGCACUAGCCAGUUAAAACUAAAAAUGGAAAGCUGGUACCGUCCUAGCCACAAAGGGGUGAGUUUAGCCAUUGCUCACGUCUUAUGCACCAUAAAGUCUUAAAUAUCAGUCCGUUCAGCUACACGUUUUUACUCAAAAGCUCUACUCAGCCAUACACGUUUUCACAUUGAAAGAAGGUUGAACUAAUUCUAAACCUGUGAUUAGUCCAUGAAACUUAGCAGUUAAAGCCACUGUUUUUAUAUAAUCUCCAGCUCAUUAUUCACCGCAAGUGAUCUUGGCUAUUUCACAGAACUGCUUGAAAUGUGAUUUCUAGAGAGGGGAAACGUUCUACACCGUGCGAAGGAUUGGUGGAGGUGGUGGCCUUAAAUGACUAAGAAAGACAAUGAAACAGGAAUAUGGUAGAAGUGCUGGCAAAUCAAAAAUGAACGCGGGCUUUUCAAAUUCUGAACCGAAACAAAAUGUCAUUUGGCCACCACAGGAAAGUCAGUAAUUUCUUUCGCAUUGUUUCCCAGUCAUCUCAGGCCCAUCGCUUUACCUCUGGUGUGUUAGAGUGGAGAUAGGGAGUGGCAGACGAGGAGACUCCAGUUCAGAAAAAGCUACCACCAAGGAAAAAGAGAAUACAAGUAAAUCUUUUUAAAGCAUUGUCCUAGGAAUUUUAGGGCCCAUUACGUAGAUCUACUGAAUCAGAAAUGGCAUCUUCCACGAUCCCCCAACGGUUCCCUAGAAUUUGAGAGGGCACUGAGGUAGGACAUUGGAAAAUUUGCUCUGCAUCGCCGGCUAUAGCAAAGAAGGAAUUAGAAUGUAGAGUAAUUCAUCCAAUCAGAGUCUGUGCUAAAUCACCAAUCACUUCAUUUAGUUCUCAGCCAAUGGUUUUGUUUCGCGGGACUUUUGAAAUAGGGCAAGGCCAAUCAGUGUGUU